CCAAGAUCAACUCAGAUGUGGCGCUGGAAUAAAGCCCAACCCCAAUAUGUCUGGAACCAAGCUAGCAAACGUAGGUCCAUCAGAGCUCAAUCCAUAGCCCCACUCCUCCACAUUAGCUUAGCUAGUGCGCAUUUUCCCAUGCCUCCAUUUCCUUUUCUUCGUUUUAACUUUUCAUUCGCUUUAUCUAAGCUCUUCGAACAUCCAUAUUUGAAGUGUCGAAAACAUGGUCUGUAUUAGAAAACCAUUGAAACGUUUUCUAAUGCUAGCCAACAUUUUUUAAACGAAUAAUAAUAUAAUAAAUAAAUAAAUAAAGAGAUUUUUUUUUGUUAUAUAAUACAUUAUACAAAAUGCUAUUAAAACAUUUUUUUUUGUUUAUUUCUAAAAUAUUAAGGUGUUAAUUGGAGAUAUUUCUAUGUGUUUUUAUUUUUUAAAAAUUAAAAAUAAUGGUAAUUCCUAUAAAAAAAUAUAAGAAUUCUUAGAAAUUUAUCUAAAAUGGAUAAUGAAUUUGAGUUGUUAAAACGUUUUUAAGAUUAAAUUUUAAAAUUCAUAAAAAUAUAAAGUGCAUAUUUUUUUUUUAUAUAUAAAAGUUACUAUUAUUUUCUACUUUUAAAAAUAAAAAUGUAGAAAAUGUAUCAACAACAGUUAAACGAUUCUUUUUAAAUAUAUUUAUAAUAGAAAUAUUAAUAAUAAAAAUAGUAAAAUACUACAAGUAAAAAGAAGCACUCCCGAGUGCCUUGAACAAGCCUUACCCAUUGUUGCAUUGAAGUAAUUCCCAUCUCAUGUUUGUUUUUGGAGAAACGGACAAAUCAAUGGGUGGAAAAUGGGGUGAAAGAAAUGGAGAGGCAGAGACCCAAUGAUAACCCUACCCACAUUAAGAGGAAGAAGUGUCACAACCCUGGGGAAGGACGAAUAUGCAAAAGCAGUUGGUCUCUGACCCCACUGUUGGUUGGAGAUGGAACAUGAGUUGGGGUUCUUUUGCUGCAAGUAAUAACCCAAAACAUUAAGAUGAUGAGAUUCAUGUGCCUAUGUAUAUAUAUAUAUAUAUUCAUCCCCGUGUACAAGUGGUGAGAUGCAUGCAGGCGCUUCAUAUCUUCACAUGACCCACAUAUCACAACCCCAAUUAAAGCAAUUGAUUGCAGGCGAGAAAAAAACAAAAAUAAUGAAGAGAUAAAAGGAGGACCCUUUCUCCACAUUUCAACACUCAAAUUGAUGAUAUUAUUAUGUGGUGGUGCUUUCUAUAUAUAUUACUUUAGUUUCUCGAUCUGAUUUGACUUUUCGUGCUGUCUAAGAAAUAAAUGUAAUUUCUCUCUUUUUAUUAUGUCUCGUUAAAUUUGUCCUCUGAAACAAAUUUGUAUUUAUAAAAAUGGCUACUGUUGUUGUGUGUUGGUGCCUGAAAAAGCUGGCAAAACCCCCUAGUCCUCAGCACGAGGCAUGAAGCUAUAUACUCAAAAGACGAAGGAAGACCAGAUUAGGAAGUGAUCAGUUUUGAAUCUUCAAAAGAAAGCAAAAAAAGAAAAAAAGGAAAACACAAAAAAAAAAAAAAAAAAAGCGGGGGGAGGGGAGAGAAAGAAAGUAGUGUACCUCAUUCUGUAACAAACUAUCAACAAAGAAACAGCAACACCCAGAUAAAGAAAGCACUCCUCAGAGCUUUUUUUGGCACUGGGGGAGGGAAACAAAAAGAAAGAGAACAUAAAAUGAGUGGCCAAUUGCAGGCUUUGUGAUGAUGCUGAUGAUGAGGCAAGGAGGAUCACGAAGCUUGAGCUGCCAAGACUGUGGAAACCAAGCAAAGAAGGACUGUCUUCACAUGAGAUGCAGAACCUGCUGUAAAGGCCGAGGGUUUCAGUGCCAGACCCAUGUCAAGAGCACUUGGGUUCCUGUAUAUAGAAGGCGCCAGAGGCAACAACACCUUCCCGCUACUACCGUUCCUCAACAGCUCCUCCAAGGACACAACCCUAGACCUACAUCAUCAGGGUCGGAGGCGAGGAAUUUUCCGGCUGAAGUGAGUUCUCCGGCGAUGUUUCGCCGUGUUAGGGUGAACUCCAUCGACAAUGCAGUUGAUCAGUAUGCAUAUCAGACGGCUGUGAUCAUCGGAGGCCAUAUUUUCAAGGGUAUUCUCUAUGAUGAAGGCCCUGAAAUUCAGUUCAUCGGUGGCGGUGAGAGCUUAUUUCCUCAACUGCAGCAGCCAACCAUAGUUGCUAGUACCUUCACUGCUGCCAUGGAACUUCUCCAUCCUUCUUCUUCAUACCCAAUUAACAGCACUAGUACUACUACUGCUCCUGUGCCUGGUACGCACGUUAUCCCACAUCGAAGAUCUUGAAAAAAAUGUCUCGCUCUCUUUCUGCAUCAUUGAUGUUGCUCUCUAGAAUAUUUAAUAUUACCAUUGUCCACUAAACUAGAAAGAAUUAAAAGAAUGGAGAAUUAACAAGAGAGACCGAUUUAUAUAAUUUUGCUUUCUUGAAUUGUGAGCAUCCUCUGUGUGCAGUUUGUCUUGUUGUGCAUUGGUUUUUCUCUCCUGCUUUUUCCCUUCUGGGUUUUUAAUUUUCUUCCCCGUUUAUAAGCUGCUUUGCCGGCUCGAAAAAUGGGAGGAGGGACAAUGAUUUUUCAGGUUAAUUAUUUUUUGUUUGGUGCAUG